AUGGCGCAACCUGCGAACCCCUUCAUGCGACAGCUAACAUCGAGCGACCGCAAAACCCGCCUCUCAGCCCUCUCAUCUCUACGAAUAUACCUCUCCUCGCGCCCCGCGACACAACCCUUCACCCCUCUCGACCUCCAAAAAUUGCACAAAGCACUCUUCUACGCACUAUGGAUGCAAGACAAACCCCUGCACCAACAAAACCUCAGCAAAGAUCUCGCCUCUCUCGUUGACAAGCUAAAGGGACAGGAGAAUACUGUUAUCUGGUUCGAUGCUUUCUGGUUCACCAUAUCCCGAGAAUGGAGCGGGAUAGAUGCAUUGCGGAUGGAUAAAUUUCUAUUUCUGGUCCGCUGUUCUUUGGCGAAGAUUUUUGAGAUUUGUGUACAGCAGGGUUGGCAGGGCGAGGUUGUGGAAGGGUUGUUGGAGGGAUUGGAGAACAGUCCUUUGAGCGCGAGAGAUGGGAAGGUGCCGGAUGGGUUGAGGUAUCAUAUCAUUGAUAUCUACGUGGAUGAGCUGGACAAGGUAGAUGUGAAGCGUGAGGUUGUGCUUCAGGAAGCUUUGGCGCCGCUGAGGAAGUUGGGAGAGGAGACGUUGAGUAAGGUCGUCAGGAAGAGGGUUAAGGAAGCGUUGCAGGAUGAGAGGGUAAGUGAUUGGAAGGGCGAGAAGGCUGAAGAGCAGAAUGGAGAUGCAGACGUGGACGGCUCUGACAAUGAGGACUUCGGUGGCUUCGACGAUUGA